UAUAUAUAUAUAUAUGUAUAUAUACUUGCGUAUGUUCCUGUGCAUUCAUUGUAUGAGAGGUCAAUAUCGCGAAUAAAUCAGGCCCGCUUGCUUUACUAACUAUACAGUUGGAGAAUAUAAAGUACGAGCAUGUCAUCCAAUUUGGGAGCCGCGAUGCACUUCUUCCCCAACACACGCGUGCACGACGCGUACAGCUGGUGCUAUAACACGACAUGCAAUACUUUCGGAAGCCUCAGAAGCGGCAUAUACGACCGAAUUAUCACAUCUUUCACAACAAUCUGGUACAAAAGUGUACUUGAGUGUGUAGACGACGAUUCACAUCUCCUUGAUGUGGGCGUGGGGACGGGUGCUGCACUGGUUGCUAACGCCGACAUUAUAAAACGGAAGAGAUUACACAUUGUGGGCGUGGAUUACGAUGCUGCUUACAUAGAGAGGUGCCAGCAGCUGAUAGAUAUGCACGACUUAAAAAACCACAUAGAGGCGGUGUGCUGUAGCUUUUACGACUACCCUGAAGCAUCGUGCACGAAAGUCGCUGACGAUGGGGUUGAACCACAGACGAACACGAAUACUCUAGGGAACAGUGUCGAUAGUGUUACAUUCGAUAAUAUCUACUUCUCUGGAUCGUUCAUGAUCUUUCCGGAUAAAGAAGCUGCCUUACGCAAAGCCGCCUCAUUACUAUCAUCUCGCACGAUGGGACGUAUGUACUUCACGCAGACAUUCGAGCUCUCACGUAAUUGGCUGCUGGAGUGCAUUAAGCCCAAGUUGAGCUACUGGACCACCAUUGACUUUGGAGAAGUCACAUAUGUGAAUGUGUUUGAAGACGUGUUAAACGGGGGGGAUGUGGAGACGGUUAAAGUGGUACAGAUUGACGAUGGCAAGGCCGUGGUGGGCGUGCGCGAGUCUAGGCUUGUCGUGGCUAAGUGCAGAGACAUGUGAUGGAAGCUAGGAUAUGAAAUGCGCACAUCGGUGGACAAGUACGUGUUGGGUCACGUACGAGUAUCGGUUCGAGGUUGUGCUACGGCUGGGGGAUGUAGAGACGAUUAAAGUAACAUAUAUUGGCGAUGAGAAAGUCGUGGUGGACGUGUGAGAGUCCAGGCUUUUCGUGGCUAUGUCCAGGGGUGUGUACUGAUGGAAGCUGGUAUAUGCAAUGCGUUCAUAAGCUUACUAGUACGUGUUGGGUUACGAUGUGUUUUACUUCUACAUAGUUAGGAAACUGAGCCAAGCCACGCAUACACAAGCGAACAAACACGUGUCGGGACAUGAUAUCCUGUGCCUUUGCAGAGAGAGAGUCCAGACCGAUAUGGCAAGGACAGCACAUAUUGUGUGUUAUACAGUCAGCGUCAGUAGCUACGCUCAGUACCUUCGAUACGCCUUACUGUGGAUAGGUUUGAGGUGAGACAUGCGAAGAUUCUGACGACAUACAAGUAGUAGGGUUCUAAUUCACCAGACUAUACGAGUAUUAAAUCACACGAGAGGUAUUAAAUCACACGAG